CAUUAACUGUGCAUCGCAUCAGUGUUGAGUGUGGUUUGUUAGCGGGAAAAAAAGUUAUCUGGACUCGCCUGGCACCAUUAUUUUACGCAGAAACUGAGUAGAGGCAUCUGAGUGGGCAUGUGGCUAUUGGAGAAGCUCCGUGGCUCUGUGGAGAGUAGUGGGAAACAAUCUCAACAAACGCAGACAGCAGAGGCCAUUCCUGUCUCUGUUUAUGCCAAUGUCCUCACUCCAGAGAAGAUCCCAGAUUUCUUCAUCCCCCCUAAACUCAUCUGUUGCCCACCUGAGGAGUCUCUGACCUCAGAACCUCAGCUCUGCUCCACCCUGAGACCUUCCUCCUCUGAUCAUGCCAUCUGCAGCCAGAGCCCCAGAGCUCGCAGAAGCAAGAACCCCUGCAGCCCUCGCCUCUUCUCCCGCAUGGCGGAUGCACGCAAUCUCCAGAAGUCUGCCAAUCGUCACAUCAUCCAGAUAGAGAGUGCAGAUGAACCAGGUGCCGGAUCUGCAGACAGAGUCAAAGUUGAAGUCAACACUAAUGCAGACCCCCAGUCACAGACUGCAAUGUCUCUUCCCUAUGUACCUAAGGCUCAGACCUCCUAUGGCUUUUCCACCCUGGUGGAAUCUCCUCACACCCGACGCAAGGAGAGCCUGUUCCACAGUGACCCGGGCAGCCCGCUCACCUCCCCAAACUCACAGAGGCGCUCCCAAGGGGGGACUUUACUGACCCCUGCUGACUCCAACCCCUAUCGCUAUUUCAGUGGUGGAGAGAGUGACACCUGCUCCUCAGCAGAGUCAUCCCCCUUUAACUCCCCUCUCCUGUCCCGCUCUGCCUCUCUCUUACGAUCCAUAACUCAGGAGACACAAGCAAAGGUUUCUCGUGCCAAGCGUUCCCUGGCGCGGCACAGUUCUCUCUCCACUGACGACUGCAGCUCAGCAGACAACAGCCCCAACAUGCAGCGCCGCCGCAUGCGCUGUCCCCCCUCUCCUGCCUUCCGUGGAUGUAAAAACAGUGGACUUCGGGGGGCUGCUUCCAACCUCCUGCAGCGCGAGCACACCGUCAACCUCCACAAGGGGGGGACACUGAGGCUGAGCACUCACUAUGACUCGGAGGCUGCUCGGCUGCGGGUGCGCGUGCUCACGGCUGAGGCCCUUUAUGACAGGCAGACAGAUCUUAAAAGCAUUAACUGCUGUGUAGCACUUUACCUAAACCCUGGCAAGCAGCAGAAACAGAGGAGCACCAUUAUCAAGAAUAGCAGGAAUCCCGUGUUUAACGAGGACUUUUUUUUCGAUGCACUGCCUCAGGCACAAGUAAAGAGUCUGGCCAUGAAGAUAAAAGUAGUGAACAAAGGAACCAGUUUGAAGAGAGACGUGCUUCUAGGAGAAAGAGAGGUGUUGCUCAGUGAGCUGCUUGAUGGCCUUUAGGGAGCUCCUGUCAAGACUGGAAUGAAAACAAGCAGCUACGCACUGUGAGGGCCCUCUUUUUUUGCUCUGGCUAUAUUUUUUUUUUUUUUUAUCCCUCUCCACAAAAUUGGUACACACUGGACAGGAGAGAGCAUGCUGAUGACAGGGAUCCAAGCACACUGUGUUAUGUACAUCAAAGGACACAAAGCAGAUGCCUCUGUUGAAUUAAUUCCCACUUUUUCCCGUCUUCAGGUUCUCUAUCUGUUUUCAGAGAUCAGUGUCAGACCAGGUCCAACAAACCACCAACAUUUACAUGUUUAAUAAUCGUUUAGCAAUGUGAACUGUGCAUCUGUGGUCCAUGUUUGUGUAUUUAUUGAGCUUACAAAAGGUGUUGCCUCCUCUGAAGAGCAUUGUGACGUGGGACAAUAACAUAUCGACUGUAAUGCAAUGAUGAUCCUGUGUGAGCUGACGGUGUAUUUUUGUAAUAAUGCAGUAACAUUACAUGUGUGUUUUUGCACGCUCCUGUGUAAAUUUAUAAUGCCAUUAUGUCGUUGAAAGAAUUUAUAUUUGGGAAUUAGAUUUUAAUGGCUUGUGGUUGUACUGUUGAUAUGAAUGUUGUUAUGUAACGUGCCUUUGAACUCACAAAUAAAAAUAUUAAACUCA